AUCAACAGCACCAACAACGAGGCCCGUCCAGAUCUCGGACCUCCUGCCCACAUCUUCUUUUCCUCGAGUCCCAACAGCAACACAAGGCCGGCCGCAUCAGCACCGCCAGUGCCACCGACAUCACCAAUACCACCGACCCGACCCCUCUUCUCUCUCAGCACCGAAGAAGCUUACCCCUACCAUCCAGCACCAUGCUGCGCCAGGCUGCCGUCCUGGCCCUCUUGGCCUUGAUGGUCGUUCCUGCCUCGACCACCCCCGUCGAUGCUAUGGAAGUCUUGAAUAUUGUCAAGGACUAUUUGUUUCCCGUGUGCACCACUCAUGGCGUCUCUCAGAUUGACAACGUGUCCCAUACCAAGUCUUGCGAGUGUGACAGCGGCUACGAGGGUGAUUUUUGCGAAAUUUAUGUGGGAGAUUUGCACUGCAACACCACAAACGACAUCCCACUCUUCAUCGCCGCCGUCGAAGGCGUGACCACCGUUCGCGGCAACGUCUACAUUACUGCGCUCUGUGUGGUGCCCGAGAGCAUCGCUGCGGCCAACCAGCUCAACACCAUUGACGGCAGCGUCUUCUUCUAUGAACCGACCGACUGGAGGCAGUUCUGGGUUACCUGGCCAGAGAAUGCCUGGGAAACGGUUACUGGCUGCGUGAUCAUCGCUUAUAUUCCUCAGGCCAAUAUCAUUGGUUAUCCUGUCUUCCCCAAGCUCUCCUCCGUCGGCUCGUGCUCGCUGAGCGAGGUCCAGGCCGUCCUCCCCGCUGGCUACACUCGUAUGCUUGUGAACCGCUCAAUCACCCCACGCGUCUCCAUGAUGCUCAGUACGUUUGGCACCGGCUAUGAGGAUUGUCAUUACGGCUGCAAUGACGUCACCUUCUUCGGCAAGCUCCGCACCAUGCCCGGUGCCUUGGUCUUUGACAACAUGCCCUUGCAUUAUGGCAACGAUAUGAUUCUGGAACACGUCGGUGGUCUUUAUGUGAUCAGCUGCUACCACCUGCGCCGAAUUGGCAUUCCUCACCUGGCCACCAUUGGCGAACACGGCUUGUUGCUCGAGGAUAGCAGCCUCGACAACCUUGAUGACUUUGCUGGUGUUCGAACCGUGACUUUGGGUUUUGUGGACAUCAAGCACAUGUACGAGCUCAAGAACGUUCUUAGCUUCAACCCCACCAUUAUUGAGCGCACCGGCACGCCCAGCACCUCCAUCUCGAUCCAGCUCGCUUGCCAGAACGGCUAUCACCACGGCUUUCCCGAGUCACAGUGCACAUGCAGCUCCCCCGAGUACUCUGGCAUCCUCUGCGAUACCAUCACGGGCACCUUCUUGUGCAUGGAUCCAGUCCAGGCUGAGCAGCUUAACCAGACUCUUGCCAAUGUUCGCCAUGUUGUCGGUGACAUCCACUUGACCGACAGCUGCCUUGAAUCUUCCCUCCUUUUCUUGCCCUACCUCAGGACCGUCGAGGGUAGCAUUUACAUCAACUCCUUUGGCCUGCCUAUCAUCGAGCCCUUCUUUGGAGCACUUGAGUCAGCCUCCGUCAUCACGAUUGAAUCCGUGCCCAAUUCGCCGCUGCACUGGUUCCCCAGGCUGGAGACAGUUGGCUCCUUGGGUAUCCUGAACGUCGACGAGUUUGUCAACUUUACCGGUUUCCCUGAGCUGACGACCAUUACUGAUGGCCUCGAGGUUGUCAACUGCGCCGGCGCCACCUCUUUUGCUGGUCUUGAGAACGUGGCCGAGCUGGGCACCUUGUCCGUCAUCGCAUCGCCGCAGCUGACUGACUACUCCGCGUUCAACGGUCCCGAGAAGGUGGCGCUGCUCAGUCAAAACAAUGCCCCUGCACUCAGCAUUGACGCUUGUACGGACUGUGAAGCUCUUCUCCUGCACUUGAUGGACACGGUCGUAAUUGCUGACGGUGCUGCGAUCAACGUUCCUUGGACUACCUGCAGUGGUUUCGGUCUUGUUCACCCCGGCGACUUGGGAUGCACCUGCAACCCAGGCUACACCGACUUCAUGUGCCACGGCUACAACGGCGACACCAUCUUCUGCAACACUUCCAGCGCUCAUAUCGUUGAGUCCAUGCUUGCGGGCGUUACCCACAUCUACAGCAGCCUGGUCAUUCAGGAGCUCUGCGGCUAUGACACCAACCUGGGUCUGCUGGACACGGUGGACUACGUGGCUGAUUUGUACUUCAAUACGCAGUCGAUGUACUAUGGCAAGAUCCCUCCCCACAUUGGCAAUGUCACGAUUUUUGACACGAUGUUCUGGACCUUGGAGGGCUUUGAACAAUCCCUUCACAUUGACAGCCUGGUCGUUCAGGGCAACAGCGUCAUGUACUCGCUUGAGGGUAUCAACAACCUCGAAACGGCAGGCCAGAUCGUGAUUUCCGACAACAUGGCCCUGACCAACGUCGAUGCCCUGAGCCAGCUCGUCAGCGUGACCUACAGCCUGGUCAUCUACAACAACGACGUCGAUGUCAACAGCAUUGCGUUUGACUACAACUCCAUUCCCACCGCCUACACCUACGUCGCCGGCUAAGGCUCGAGCCGUAAGGACCAACUCGACAUGCGCUAUGAUACGUCUGUGACCUAUCGAGGGCAAAGUUUUUCUGUGCUGUGUUUUGUGUCGCUGCAGUACCCGACUUGUUUCUGUGUAAUGCUUUUGUUCCUUCGAUUCCUAGCGUGUUUGUUCCACCUCCCUUUUAGAAUUCCCGACAGUUAUAAUUCACAUCCUGACCAUCUUU